CUCGCCUCGACGCGUGAGAGGCGAAUGCUUGCGUGAACGCGCCACUCGAGCUUGCUCCUCAUCUAGGCAGACGGCGCGCACCAAGUCGACUCUCGACAGCAAUACCUCCACCUUUGAGGGUUUUCCUCUGUCUGUCAAGCUUCUUCCAAGCAUUGAAGAUUCCGACGUAACAAAAACAACGGACGUCGAAUUUAGCAAGAUGCCCGCCCCGGGCGAUCAACACGGCACCGUGGCGAACCCUUUCGAAGAGCCCCAGAGGCGAAUGAGCGAAUACACGGCCCAAGAAAUUGCUACCCUGCAAAGUCGUCUAGAGAAGCAGCUCGGCCCCGAGUACAUAUCCGCACGCGCCGGCCCUUCAGGUCAGAAGGUCCACUACAUCGCCGCCGAGAAGUGCAUCGCCCUCGCGAACGAGGUUUUUGGCUUCAAUGGAUGGUCCUCGUCCAUUCAGAACAUUCAGGUCGACUUCGUCGACGAACACCCGCAGACCAUGAAGAUCAGCCUGGGCCUGUCCGUCAUCGUCCGCGUGACGCUCCGCGAUGGCACGUUUCACGAGGACAUUGGGUACGGCCACAUUGAGAACUGCAAGGGCAAGGCGGCCGCUUUUGAGAAGGCUAAGAAGGAGGGUACCACGGACGCGCUGAAGAGGGCGCUCAGGAACUUUGGCAACGUGCUCGGUAACUGCAUCUACGACAAAGACUACCUCUCCAAGGUGACCAAGAUGAAGGUCGCUCCGACUAAGUUCAACGAGACCGAGCUGCAUAGGCACUCCGAUUUUACCAUCAAGAAGGAGGAGGAAAAGGCGGCGGCGGCGCCGCCGCCGCCACCACCACCGGUCAAGUUAGAGACGGCGGAAUCGAUCGAGGACCUGCUUGAAGAUUUUGACGAGGCCGACUUUGCCGUUGUCGAAAGCGAUCACCCGGAUGAAGUGGUGCUUCCCACCGUAGCAAAUGGCGCUUCGAACGAUAGCCCCGCGGGCGUUACGCCAGCCCCCGUCCCCCAGCGUAUGCAAGCCCCGUCCCGACAGAUGGGCAGGAGCACAUCGACAGGGAACCUACGAGCACCUCAGACACCAAAUCAGGCACAAUCGCGCCAGGUCCCUCCAAUAGGCUACGGCAACCGGCCCCAAGCACCAAACCAACCCCGCGCACCAACGAACCCGUCCGCUCCGUCCGCUCCGUCGGCCCCUCCAGCCAACGGAAACAUGACCACGCCAGGGCAGGCCGGCAACGCCGCCGAGCCCAUUGGCUUUUUCUCCGCACGUGCCGUACAGCAAAUCCCGGAAUCUGCUUUGCAGGCGAACAACACUGACACGCCUCUUCUGCUGCCAGCCGGGCAACAAGCCUUCAAUCCAAAGGCAGAGAGCCCAUCCAUACGAAAGACCCCCGGCAUAGACCACUCCGUUUCAAAGCCCCUCUCCAGGUCUGGUCAGCACGUCCCGCCCACUUCAUCACAGCAGACUUCGACAUCGGGCUUCACACCAGUCAAAAUGAGCAACGCAGGGCCCGGCCCCGGGGGGGCUACCGUUGCACAGCACCUGCAGCUUAGCCAGAGUCGACGGAUUGGAGCUCCAGGGGGCGCAGGUAGUCCCUUGGCCAACCGGGGCUCCUACCGACCACCGACCAUGAAGCGCCCGCUGCAACAAGACAGUGCCGGAAGGCCAGCAUUGGCUGACGUGUCAACCAAUGGAGCGACGGGCAAUGCUCCUGGUGUACAAGGAUUUGAUCCCAAAAGGCAAAAGAUGGCAUGAUUUGCAUCUCUGGCAUGACGAGUGUAGCUGGGAGACUGUGCUUUGGCCAUGAGCUUUGGAGUCUGGUUCGAUCGGGUAUGGGUAAAGGAGUCGGAGUUUUGGCAGGGUCGAUAUAGGCACGUCUAGCCUAUGGUGUCUGAGACAGAUUAUGGAGUGUGACGAAUAAAUUUUCCUUCUCUUCGUUGGAAGAGACCGCGGCGCUG